CUUCUUCAUUAUUGAGAAUUGAGAAAGAGAGAGAGAGAGAGAGAGAGAGAUGGGGAAGGCGCGUACGGUUGGUGUUGGCAUGGACUACUCUCCAACCAGCAAAUCAGCGCUUCGAUGGGCCGCCGAUAAUAUAAUCGAGGAAGGAGAUCGGAUCAUCCUAAUCCACGUUCAGCCACCCAAAUCAGAUCAUACCAGGAAGCAACUUUUCGAGGACACUGGAUCACCUUUAGUUCCUCUUGAAGAAUUCAGGGAGAUUAACUUUUCGAAGCAAUAUGGGCUUACCAAUGAUCCGGAGGUCCUUGAUAUUCUUGAUACAGUGUCAAAGACCAAAGGGGCUAAGGUGGUGGCCAAGGUCUACUGGGGGGAUCCAAGGGAGAAGUUAUGCUAUGCUGUGGAGAAUCUCAAGCUCGACUCGCUUGUUGUUGGGAGCAGGGGUCUUGGCGCUAUCAAAAGGGUCUUGCUCGGCAGCGUAAGCAACCACGUUGUAGCAAAUGCUUCAUGUCCUGUCACCGUGGUUAAGGGAACCCAAUCUUCCAAGCCUAAUUAAUUGUUAAGUACUUUUAUGUCCCCCUGGCCUACAUGUUGCCUUGAUGAGAGAGGAAUUUGUAUUGUAAUUUAUUUUUAUUUUUUUCGUUUUAGAGUUUGCGUGGCUGUGACAAAUCAACUUUUGCUUGUUAUAUAUACUCUGAUCUCAUCUAUUUAGAUUUUCUUUUUUUCUUUUUA